UUUGAAUGUUGUGGUAUAGAGUUGUCAUCUCAGUGAUAACAGUGACAUUGUCAUUGGAAAUGAAGCUUUUUUCUCGUUACAGCUUUGGGCAGCUUUCCCUUCUAUAAGAUUGGAUUAAGGAGGGGAGAAGUCGUAGACACAAAUGGAAUCGGAUGCGGAAGCAAUAUUUUUAUAGGAACUAUUCAAAUAACCUUCACGAUCCAGCGAUUUCGCAUAAAUUGAAGAAUUUCAUAAACAUCAUUG